AUGCUGUACGAGUUGAUUGCUAUUGUCCGCCCGGGCAGUCUUAACGAGGUUCGAGACAUCGCCCGCAACGCCGGUACCCUCGUCCUCCGCUCCGGCGGUGUUAUUCGCGGCUACACCAACUGGGGCGUCUUUCGCCUCCCCAAGACCACAACGAAACACCAAGCCCGCUAUACAGACGGCCAUCACUUUAUCAUGCGAUUUGAUGCUGCCGCGCCUGUACAAAUGGGUAUCCGCCGCCAGCUAGCGCUCGAUCCGCGGAUGAUCCGCUUCUCGGUUGUGAAGCUUGGCGAUAAGCUGGACGAGGUCAAAGAUGUUACCGGGAAGGUUGAGUGGAACGACACGAGAAAUCUGUCGAGCACGAUCUAAGUCAAAUGACGGAGUUUUGUUAAAGAGUGUGAUGUACGAAGCUCUCAUAUGCUAUUGACUGGAUUCGGUUUCGGAUGUGUGGGUUUAUUGUUAUGUUGGGACUGGAUGGAAGAUAUCACUCUGUACAUUAUCAUGGGCAUCAUCGGCGCAUAUGCUUUUUGCUU